AUGGUUUUAUUCAACGCAGCACAAUCAACUCAGAAGACAGUCAACGUCGCUUUGAUUGGCCCUGGCGGUGUUGGUAGUUGUGUGCUUGAGCAGCUGUCCAAGCUCAGUCAAUUCAAGCUUAUAAGUAUUUCAAAUUCAAAGGCAACUUACUUCAAUCCAUCUGGCAUUCCUUUUCACUCCGCCAAAGCUGAUUUGUCCAAAGCCACGCCUAAAUCUAUCGAGAAGGAGUUAAUUCCUCAGUUAUCGCAGCACCAGCCAUGUAUUUUCAUCGACAACACCUCAUCCGAUGCUGUAGCCAGUCUCUACCCCGUUGCUCUAUCCCACGGCGUGCACGUUGUUACACCCAACAAAGUCGGUUUCAGCGCGUCCCUCAGUCUCUUCAACCACAUUAGAGACGCCAGCGCUGCUAGUGGUGCGUACGCAUACAAAGAGAGCACAGUGGGCGCUGGAUUGCCAGUUAUUUCCACUCUCGAGACACUCCUCAAGACAGGCGACAAAGUAACCAAAAUCGAAGGUGUCCUCUCAGGCACCAUGUCAUAUCUUUUCAACACCUUCUCGAAACCAGGCACCAACGACGAUAUCCUCUUCUCCAAGCUUGUUUCUGAUGCUCGCGACCAGGGAUACACUGAACCCCACCCGGCAUCUGAUUUGAGUGGGAGUGACGUAGCGCGCAAACUCGCUAUCCUCUCGCGUCUCGUACCAGGUCUGGAAAACCGUCUCGAGGAGGGUGUGCACAGUGUGGAUGUCGAGUCACUCAUUCCGCCUGGCCUCGAUGGUGACACAACCCCGGAACAGUUCUUAUCCGGCCUCAAGCACCACGACGCUCAUUACGAGUCUCUUAGGAAGACAGCCAGCGAUGCCAAUAGCGUGCUGAGGUAUGUGGGCGUUGUCGACACCGCUGAUGGCACCGUCAAGUGUGGUUUGGAAACUUACCCCGCUUCUCACCCCCUCGCUUCCCUCUCGGGCUCUGACAACAUCUUCCUCUUUCACACUCAACGUUACGGCGCUCGCCCUCUUAUUGUCCAGGGCGCUGGCGCUGGCUCGGACGUUACAGCCAUGGGUGUUGUUGGAGAUUGCAUCUCUAUUGCCGAGAGAGUCUGA